UUGUAUUCGCUAUUGAUAGUAGUCUAGUUAGUAUACGUUAGAAUCAGCACAGAGGUACUUUUUAUUAAUAUAUAAAAUGUUUUAAAUGUUUAGUUAGUGCAGCUUGAAAGUGUAUAUUAUAUUAAAUAAAUAAAAAACAAAUGGAAAAUUAUACAAAAAAUACAAGAGACAAUAGUUCUUGUUUACCACACGAUUGGUCUGUAUAUGCACUUGUAAAAUUGAAUCAACAGUCGGGUCUUAAACUAUCACACCAAGAACCACGUUAUGGAUUUAAAAAGGGGAACAUUGUGUUUACUGCUGAACCUCAAUCAGGUCAUGAUUCAGGGAUAAGUAGUUAUUCUCAAAGUUCAGAAUGUGACAGCUCAUUCAAUAUAGCUCCACAACAAUGUGAAGUUUGCUGUGGUAUAAGAAGCCCAAUGUCAACCAGAAGGGCACAGUGUUACACUGCACAUUUUUGCACCAAUGUACAGUCAAAAAAAAAUCCAGGAACUAUGAACGUGUCAAGUCAAACAUCUCCUUCUCCUUCGAUCGUUUUUAAUAAGGAAACUAACAAGAAAUUGGUUAAAAACCAAAAGUGUGACAAACAUAACAAACAUCAAGCUAGAACAGUACACAUUGAUGUGUAUUGUACAGAGUCCUCUUCAGAUUCAGAUGAAAUUUUGGGGUAUAACUCUUCAGACACAUUACACGAAGUUUCAGAUAUAAAAAUAAACUGCAGAAGAAUAUUGAAAAAAAAACGCAUACUUCAACAAAGUGUAUCAAAAUCAUCUUGCCAAAGUAUGUUACAAAGAAGUCCUGGUUUAUCAAUGCUAAAUUCAAGAAAUACAAUGACAAACUCGUCUUUUAUAGAGUCUUCGAGUUGUGGGUUAUCUUCAAUAUUAGAUUCGAGUUCAUUUCAGAAUAGUAGUUUCUUAAGCACAGAUCUCGAUACUAGACAGUCACAAAUUUAUAAUGAUACGACAAGUAGUUCAGACGAUGAAUGUUCAGAAACGGCAUGGAGUUUUAACAGAAUGAAUUCGUACAAAAAUGAAAUUUUAUCUAGACGUCCGUGGUUUAAACCAGAAAAUGACAUGAAAGACACGGGAAACUUAAGCGACUGUUCACAAUCUCCUUUUUAUCGAAGACAAAAUUCUAUUAAUAAUGCUACUCAAGUAGCAAAAAUAGCACUUAAGUUUGGAUCAGCUAAAUCACCAAAAAAAGAUGAUCAUCACGUAGGUCCAUCAAAAAACCCAGAUUGUUCGUGUUUUAAUUGUCGUAGACAUUUCAGUUCUAGACAACGUUCUUUAUCAAUGAGAAAUGAAACUGAACUAUCAGAUUUGCAAAAAUUAUUUAGAAAAUGUCUUUAAAAAUAAUACAACUAUUUUUUGCAUCAAAAUUAAAUGCGUAACACUUUAUAUACUGUUUUCUUAUUUGGUAUCUAUUAAAGUUGUAUGCUUAUUAAAAUGUCUAAAUGGGACAACAUUUAAUGUAUAUUUAUAUUUAUUUUAUGUUAAUUAAUGGCUACAAUAACACCCAAAAUAUAAAAAAGCUAAAUAUUUAGUUUUUAAUAAAUAAGAUAUUGAGCAUUGCAUAUUUUUAAAAAAAAAUUGUAUAUCAAAACAUCUGCCCUAUGGGAACUUAUUAUACCUGUUAAACCUAGAAGUCAAUAUAAUUGGUUGGUUCAAACAAAGUGAAAUAACGCUUGUUUUCUCACAAAUGGAAAAUAUGUUAAAAUUACUUAUUUGUAUGGUUGCAGUAUAAAAUAGAGAUAAUUAAGAUAAGACUAUGUGUAACCAGUAAAUGUCAUAAAAUAUAAG